UAAGGAAGUAAUAGGAACUGGAGUCUUCCAGAAUUAUAUGAAUUUGGAUGCUGACACUUUAAAAGGUGUGAGACCAGUCAGAGCCGGUUUGCCUUAGUGGAGAACAGGUCCAGAGUAUUUACUGAAUUUGCGGAAUCGGUUUUACAAAAAGAAAAACAUGGAAAAAAAAAUCUAUGGAAUGAUUCAGGUAUUGAUAUUUGCAAUUGCUGGAGUCUUGGUGUCAACCAGCCCAAUGAAACCAUAUGAAAUUUCUCCUACCACGUCAGGACCGCCUAGAGAUCUGAAAGCAAUUAAAGAUGAAGUUAAAUCCUGGCCUAAAAUAUUCUACUUAAGCAUGGAUCCAAAUGAUCCCAUUGUUUGCUAUUCAGGAAUAAAAUUUAAUUUCACAGAAAAUGAGAACAAAACAACUUCUCAGGAUGAAAAAAACAACCAAAGGAUAUUUACUCUUAGCAAGGAUCCAUUAUACCCUGUGACAUGCAGAAAAGGUCCUGUUCCAGUAACUUUAAUGGAUACUUACACUGUCCUGGAAGAAGACAAUGGAGGCAAUAUCACUAACGUGACUUGUAUAAGAAGAGAUUAUGAAAAAAAUAUUUCGGCAAUAUUCAUCCAUCAAACUGGGCCUUUACAUACAGCAUGGAAUAUUUUUAACAGCUCCAUUCCUUAUGGCUUCAUGACAGCUACAGAUUUAAACAACAUUGAUGAAAAACAUGUUUUAAAAGAAUACGAAGUUGACUGUGGAGAGUAUGGAAUCGAUACUGGUGAUAAAGGUCUUUGUCCAGGAUUAGCUGCUUCUUUAUGUGGCUAAUUAGAUGAUUAUGGAUAUCCACACGCAUUUAAUAAUAUAUAUAUUAUAUAAGCUAGGUUAAUGAAGUGUACCUUACACAAUAAUGUUACUUAAGGAAAUAUCUGUUAAAUUAUUUGUAUUAAUUUAUAUUAAAAAUGUUCUAUUUAUAA